AUGGCGACCACGGCCACCGACCCCAAGUUGGCGCCGCUCGCUGACGAGCUCAAAGAGUUUGCUCUUACGCUCGACCGAGGUGCAUUCCCCAAGGGCUUCUUCUGCGCGCUUUGCGACCAGCUCGCUUUCGAUUCAUACAAGCUUCUGUGCUGUAACAAGGUCAUUUGCUCGUCCUGCCAGUCGAAGCUCGAAUUCCCUACAACAUGCCCAUCGUGCGAUCAUUCGCCAGUAGAAGCGGACUCAUGCCCCCCGAACAAGGCGCUGCGUAACACCAUGCGAGUCUGGUUGCAAAAGCAAAAGAAGAAAGAAGAACUCAAGGCAGCAUCGGAAGUACCGCCGACACCUGCUGUCGAACCGACGCCCGCACCGUCUGAGGCGCAACUCCCGAACGAUUCUUCAGACAAGCCGGUCGAAAGUAUUGAGGAAGCACCGCGGACAGAACAUGGUGGUGUAGAUCAGAGCGCGGCCGACAGUGUGAUUGAAGACAGGCCUGCUUCUGCUGCACCACAGCGCGAAGAGGGGUUCACGACCGGCCCGGAUGAGCAACAGCAAGAAGAUGUCCAGGACGGCAAGGCCGCGGAAGAUGAUAAUCAGAGUGCUGAGCCUGCACAAGACGAGGACAACGGCCAAAUCCCGAGCGGACCCAACGGCCAAGUGUUUCCGAGCAACGCCAUGAUGAACGCCAACGGAAUGCCUAAUCAGUUCGGCUUUGGCUUCAACGGUCAAGGAAACUUCGGCAUGGGGAUGAAUAACAUGCCCAACAUGAUGAACCCCGGUUGGAACAACAUGGGCUAUGGCAUGAACAAUAUGAACGGCAUGAACGGCAUGUUCGGCUUCGGUGGAAACAUGGGCAUGGGGAUGAACGACAUGUCCAUGAACUAUGGUGGCAGUUUUGGGAACGGAUGGAAUGGCAUGGGCGGCGGCGGCUAUGGGUUCAAUGGCUACAACCAAAUGGGUGGUGGAUAUAAUCAAUCUGGAGCCUAUCCCGAGAUGAUGAACCAAUACCCCAAGAAUCAUAUGUCAAACCAAAAUCGUUUCCAAGGCAAUGGCCCAGGAAACAUUUCCCAGCAGCAAAACAGGAACGGAAGUUUCGGAGGUGGAUAUGGUCCAGGUACCGGCAGGCAGCAGAACAGCCGCCCAGGGAGUCGGACCGGUCCCAACAACGUACGUCGAUUUUCACGCUCGAGUUUGCCGAAGCUACCGAAGGCAUCUCAUCCUUUUCAUCUUUCCCCCAAGAACACGACAACUGACAAUCCCGGUUUCGAACAGCCCGAAGGCGAGUCCCGCGCAGGAACUGUCGAAACUACCACCGAGGAUCAAGGUAAAGAUGAGCAGGCUUCUGCAUCCGCUGAAACUGCCCAAGAAGGUAAGGCGGAAACGACCGCUGCCGAAGGAGAUGGCAAAGAACAAGCAGCCGAAGGUGCGGCUACCGAGGACGUGCCAGAGGCAGCAGAAGAUGCGAAUACAGCAGGACCUGGAGCAGAUCAAUCUUCUGCGCUUAAUCAAAUUCAGACUGUUGAUUCUGUGGAGAUGGAAGACCAAGAAUUUGGCUCCAACAUGAUGGGUGGUAACAUGCAGUUUGCUCCUCAAAUGAUGAAUUCGUUCAACGCGAAUCAAAUGAACGGAGCGUACAAUCACGGCAUGGGCAACAUGGGUUACCAUAACAACAACUUUGGUUCUCGUGGCGGCUUCAAUAAUGCCUAUGGUGCAGCAACCGUUCUCACAGGCGAGCCCCGUGGAGUCGGCGUGGCAGGCGCUCCCACAGGACCUCGAGCGAUGCGUGAGGGUCGCCCUAAUACCGGAUUCUCAAGUCGAGCAAACAACGUUCGUUACAACCCGCCUCCUGUUGCAACUCCUGCCGCCGAGGCUCCGGCUGGAAGUCACAGCCCACCGCGACGAGUUCGAUCCCGAUCACCUGUACGAGACGAAAGCCUCCGUACUAGAGACAGGUCACGGUCUCGCUCGCGUGCAGAAUCUGAACUGAAAGCUGCAGUCCAAGACGAGCAACGUGAUCGAUCCCUUUCAGCAGAACCCGAGCGGCGGGACGACCGUGCGCGAUCUCGAACACCACAGGCAGAAGACGAUGAUGACUACGAGCGUCGAAAAGAGAAACGUCGGCAUCGGUCCUCACGUUAUGACGACCACGACGAGCGAGAUGAACGUGACAACUACGAUGAUCGCGGCCGCGAUGACCGCGAAUCACGGGGCUCGCGGGGCGAUCGAACACGCAGUGCCUCUGCCGAUUCCAAGUAUCGUAGCCGUCGUGACAAAGAUAAGUCUCGCUCUUCUCGAUCGCACCGAGAUCGAAGUCGGGAGCAUAGGCGCCGUCAUCGCUCACGUUCUCGCUCAGUCACUGUGGGAGAUACCGAAAAUCAUGCCAACGACGAUUCGAGCUCCCGCCGCAAGGAUCGAAGUGAUAGAGACAAGGAUCGCGACAAAUAUCGUGAUCGGUCACGGUCACGAGACCGUGACCGCAAGGAUAGGAAGGACCGGGACUAUGAGCGCGACUACGAUGACGAGAAGUACCGGUCUCGCGACAAGGACAAGGACAAGGAGAGACGCCGUCGCCGUGACCGUGAAGCCGAAGAAGACGAACGCGACUACGAUGACGACAAACACCGUUCCUCACGUCGAAGCCGCAAAGACCGCGACCGCGACCGCGACCGCGCUCGUGAUCGUGAUCGCGAUUACGAGAAGGAAUCAUCCACCCGUGCAGUCUCCCCGCCAGUGAAUGCGCCCACCGGUCCUUCAGCGGACAACUUCUCCAUACGCGGAGCAAGUAGGCCAAAGACUACGAUCUCCAUGGGUCCUCCGCAACCGCCCACCGGCCCCCGUGCCUUGAUGCCGCCUAAGGGUCCGGCAGCAGAUCGGGACCGGGACCGCCGGCACAGCAGGAAAGGCAGCAUGAGCUCGUCCCUCCCUUCGACCUCCACGGAAUCAGCGCCGCAGGACCAUUACGCCGCGGAGCGCGAAAAGAACGCCCGCGCUCGCGACAUGCUCGAGCGUAAUGCGCCCUCCGACCGCCCCGAGUCUCGCUCGCUUCACUCCCGGAUCUCGUCUUCCCACCAAUCCUCCUCUCGGCCAGCAUUAUCUUCGAAGCGCUCACGCGACGAUUAUGACGACGAUGAGAGGGAGAUCAGGGGCAGUGUGCCCACAGGCCCGGCGAGUCAUAGUAGUAAGAAGAAGAAGAGCGGGGAUACGGGGGGUGCAGAUCUGGCGAGUGUGCUGGCGAAGGGGCUGAGGAAGAAGGCUGGGGCGCCGAGGAGGGGCGGCGUGAAAAAUGAGGGGGAUGUGGAGAGGGAGUUGGAGAGGGUGGAGAGAGAAAGGGAUGGGAGGAGGUGGUAA